AAAUAAAUUAAUAUCUUCGUUUAUUGAUAUAAUAUUAAUAUUUAAAAAUUUACGCCUAGUGUGAAAUUUACUAGUUUCUUUGUAUAUAAACGAAAAUGAGUUUUUCAAUGUUGACUUUACUAUAAUAAAUAUUUUCAAGUCAUUAGUUUAUCAUAAUAAUACAGAAUUAAAUAAAAAACUAAUUGUACCUAUGUAUAUACAAUAAAAAACUUUUAAGUGCUAAAAUUAAAUUUAAAAGAAAAAGUAUUUUAAAAGAGAAACAUUUGGGAUUGCAAAAAAUAUUGAACUAUUUCAUAUAAAAAAAACUUAGCUAUUGCAAAAAAAGUAUUCAAAUAAUUUUUGUAGAUUUAAAAAAUGUUAUAAAAAAAAAUAAAAAAAAAAAGAGCUCACGAUAAUUUAAACUACACCUUUGAAACUUAACAAACAAAUAAACAAGAUAAAAAAUAUGGAAAACGACGUAGAUGUUGUUGAUGACGAUUUAGGUGAAUGCAGAUUAUGGACAGCCCUUUAUAAUUAUGAAGCUCAAGGGGAGGAUGAAUUAUCUUUGGAAUGUGGUCAAAUAGUUUAUGUUUUAUCAACUGAUAGUAAUAUUUCUGGUGAUGAAGGUUGGUGGACGGGGAAAAUUGGUGACAAAGUUGGCAUAUUUCCAUCAAAUUUCGUCACAAAUCAAGAUCCAAUGCUUAUAACAGUGCCUUCUGAAUAUGGAGCUAAUCAACCAUUAGAAAUUAAUUUCAACGAAUUAGACAUUCAAGAGAUAAUAGGGAUAGGAGGUUUUGGUAAAGUACAUAGGGCAGUUUAUUUAAAUGAAGAAGUUGCGGUAAAAGCGGCGCGACAAGUGAACGAGGAAGAUAUAGAAAUUGUACGAGAAAGCGUAUUGCAAGAAGCCAAACUUUUUUGGUCAUUGAAACAUGAAAAUAUUGUAUCAUUAAUAGGAGUUUGUUUGAGGGCUCCGAAUUUGUGUCUAGUUAUGCAAUAUGCGAGAGGUGGUUCACUAAAUCGUGUCUUAGCCGGAAAAAAAAUUCCCCCAGAUGUUUUAGUUAAUUGGGCUAUUCAAAUAGCGAGGGGAAUGAACUAUUUACACAAUGAAGCCCCAAUCUCUGUAAUUCAUAGAGAUUUAAAGAGUUCUAAUGUGUUAAUAUUUGAAGCGUUUGGAUUAGAAAACCUAGAAAAUAAAACUUUGAAAAUAACAGAUUUUGGUUUAGCAAGGGAAGCUUAUAAUACAACUCGAAUGUCAGCAGCAGGAACAUAUGCUUGGAUGCCGCCUGAAGUUAUUAAACAUGGAAUAUAUUCAAAAGCAUCAGAUGUGUGGAGUUAUGGGGUAUUGUUAUGGGAAAUUCUUACUGGUGAAACCCCAUAUAAAGGAUUUGACACAUUAUCUGUUGCUUAUGGUGUCGCUGUAAAUAUUUUAGCAUUGCCAAUUCCUAAAACUUGUCCAGAUACAUGGGCUAAGUUAAUGAAGAGUUGUUGGGCGAUUGAAGCUCGAGAACGACCAACUUUUAAGAAUGUACUACAUGAAUUAGAAAUUGUUGCUAGAUCAAAUUUUACCCAAACACCGCACGAAUCUUUUCAUCACAUGCAAGAUGGUUGGAAAAAAGAAAUUGCAGAAGUACUGCAAGAACUUCGCACAAAAGAAAAGGAGUUAAGAUGCAAAGAAGAAGAAUUAAAAAAUGUGGAAUUGAAGCAACAUCAACAUGAACAAGAUUUAAAAUUGCGUGAACAACGAAUACAAGCAAGAGAGCGGGAGAUAUGUGAACGUGAAUUUAAUUUGACAAUGUUAGCAAGGACAACCCCAAUGCCAAAGAAACGUUUAAAUAAAAAAUUUCCCAAAAAAUUUAAUUUUUUAAAGUCGCGCACUGAACCAACAGAAAUUUCUCUUCCAAGAGAUUUUCGCCAUAAUUUAACGACAAUAAGAAAUCCUAAUCCUUUAAAUAUUGCUUCAACAUCAAAAUCACCACCAGCAUUUAUUGAUUUAAAAAUUGUGGCUUUGCCAGCGACCACAAUAUCUGUAACUACAGAGGGCCCAGUCAAAAAGGGCAAAACUUGGGGCCCAUCAACUGCUCAUCAAAAAGAACGCAAGCAUCUGCCAUCGUUACAACCAGCAGAAUGGUCUUCUCAUUCCAGUUUUAGUAAAAGUGCUCCAAAUUUAGACAAAUCAAAAUUGACAAUAAGUAACCUGCCAGAUGGUUAUUCGGGAUCUACUAGUUUGGUACAUAAUAAAACAAAUGGAUCGAUAGCUGUUAUACCUUGUGACACCAUUCCCAUUGGUUAUGAUAUACACAAAUUAACUGGAGAUUCAACAUUUAUUUUAUCACCUCCAGCAUUUUUAGAUAAUAAAAAUUUAAAAUACAAUAUUGAUAGUUUUAUAAAUAACAUAGAAGUAAAUAAAAUGUCGCCAGAAGCAUUAGAAUUUAUGCAUAGGUUUACAAAAUUUCAACAAUUAAAUAGUAACAACAAUUUAAAUGAUGUGGAAAAUGAGAGGGAUAUAGUUAACAUAUACGAUUGCGAUGAAGAAUAUGAAAACAGCAGAACAGGUUGUUUUAAUUUUCGAAAAACAUCUAAUGCUGAUUCUAACAAUUCGAAUUCAUCAACCUAUACUAAGUCUAAUCAAUUGAAAAACAAGAAAAAACAUAGCUUAGAUAGUAAAGAGACUGAAAGAGAAAAGGAAAGAAAAUCAUUGUUAUAUCAAAAGCAUGGAUAUGAAGGGACGUCGACUGAAAACCAUAGUAAUCCGAAUAUAACAUAUGAUAAAGCAUUUUAUAAACAGGUUCAAAAAUCGUUGGAACAAAUAUUUUCAAGUCCCGAAGAAGAAUGCAAGCUCUUUUCUCCAAAUUCAGAACAGCCAAUACCAACUUCCUCAAAAAAAUUAACUGCUAGAGAAGAAAAAGUUAAUUCACAAUCAAGUGGUGAUUUAACCAUGUACAAUUAUCAAGACGAAGAAGAAAAAUGCUAUAGUAACACAAAUAUGAAUCCCGAUAGUCCUUAUCGCUUUCAACGCAAUGGUUCUGGAUCUCAAUUUCCCCGUUAUUGUUUUUUUCGAAAUCAAGCAAAUUCAAUUGAAUUCCAAACAGACAACAGCGAAACGUCAAAUGCAGUUAAUAAAUUAAAAAAUACAUUUUUUAAUGAUAAUUUUAAGAGCUCCAGCUCCUUGAAUACAUCAACAAAUUCAACAACAGAUAUAAACAAUGUUUGUGCCAUUCCUGCCAUCAACAACUCGUUAGAAGAAGAACAUUCUAAUAACUCAAUAUGCAGUGAUAAAUCUUCAUUUGAAAUUCUAAAUAGUAAUGAAUUAAUAAAUUAUAGGACUCGUUUAAAUAGUUAUGAUGCAAAUGAAGAUUUUGGCAAUGUUAGCAGUGGUGGUACCUCUCAUAAUAGUAAAAUUAUAGUAGCAAAUAAUGAUAAAUUAAAAUUAGUUAAAAAUAAAUCCAAAAAACUUUUUAACCAAAGUAUAUCUGUGCCAGCAACCCCAACUACCAAUGCAAAGGAUACUAAUAAUGUAAAUGCAACGUCAAAGAUACCUAUCAAACAAAAUACAAGUAAUUCUAGAAGUAACAAUGUCAAAGAACCUGAAAAUACACAAAAUUCGGAUAAACUUAAAACAACAACAAAAACUAAAACAAAAAGUUUUUUUUCAAAAAAAUUCUUUAAUUUUGGUAGUUUGAGAUCUGAAAAGAAAAUAUCGAAACAAUCUUCUCAGGCUUACAAAAAGUUUAGGAAUUCAAUGGAGGUAAAUGAACAACAACAGUUAAUACUAAAUGACAAGAGUAAAACUUGUCCUGCACGAGGUAAUGACACUGAGCAAGGCUAACAUGGUGUAUUUUAUUAAGAAGAAAAUUUAAUUUAUAGCAAGUAAAGUAAACAAAAUAUACUAUUUGUAAGUUAAUUAGGUACAUAUUAGAUUAAAACAUGAAAUGUAUUGCGCUUUUCUGCUUAAAAAAUAACUAUUUAAAAUGAAGUAUUUGGCAAAUGUGAGGAUAUUAUGAGAUAAAUAGAUUUCGUAUAAAGACUGAAAUGUUUUUGAUUAAAAGUAAAUAAAACUAAUUCAGAUUCAUAAAUCCAACAUUAGACAUUUUUAAGUUAGAUAAUGCGAAGUGUUCGUUUACUUAAGUCUAGUAUUCUGUUCUAUUUAAUUUUAAAAAUUUUUGGUAUUAAAAAUUAGUGAAAUCUUGAAAUUAUGAAUCUUACAAUAUUUAAAAUGUAACUGCAAAGUAGUAAUGUUACAUAUUAUACAUUAUG